AUGUCUGAGCAUAUACCGAAGAGAAGAAAAUAUAUUGAUUCAUGGUUUUCGAGAAGAAAUGAAUCAUCUAGUCCUAAUGUCAUCUCUGAGCCUUCUGUAUGCAAUCCACAAAUUGAUGAUCCACUCCAACCUUCCAUUCCUGAGCCAGUACAACAAGAUAAUAAUGAGUCAUUACCACAAGAUAAUAUCAAUGAUCUCCAACGUGAUCCUGGAUUACGUUGUCCUAUUUGGAAACAGCCAAUAAAUAUGAGAGAUGAUAUUCGAAAAGCCUAUAGUUUGUUAGGUCCAUUUCAACCCGAAUUAUCAUUUCCAUAUAGCGAACAAGGGGGUCAACAACGUAAGUUUCCGAGUAGUUGGUUCAAGGAUAACCCAUGGCUUGAGUAUUCAAUUACUCAUGAUAAAGCUUAUUGCUUCCCAUGUUUUCUUUUUGAAACCGAAGAGAAUACACAUAAGGCUUUCACGGUUGAUGGGUUUAGAAAUUGGAAGAGGGUUUGCCCAAGUGAUAAUGUGUUGUUGAGGCAUGUUGGAGGAGUUAAUUCUGCACAUAAUGCUGCAAUGCAAAAAUGGGACUCGUUAAGAAACCCCGCUAAGGGGAUUGAAGCAGUUUUGCAUUCAAGGUCAUUGAAGGAUGUGGAAGACAACCGAUUGAGGCUUAAGGCUGCAAUAGAGGGUGUUAGAUUGUUAGCCAAUCAAGGAGUUCCUUUUAGAGGUCAUGAUGAAUCCGAAAGUUCCUUGAAUCAAGGAUAUUUUAAGGAAGUUCAAAAAGCCUUUAGAAGAAUGACUCCUGAGCUUGAUAGAGUUGUGUUAAAUGCUCCGGCAAAUGCUAAGUACACAAGUCCAAAAAUUCAAAAGCAACUCCUAAAUAUUCUUGGUAAUAAAGUGAGGACCAAGAUACGAGUGGAGAUUGGGCAUUCACCAUAUUGUAUUCUUGUUGAUGAAGCAUUAGACAAUUCUGGUAAGGAGCAGAUGGCAAUUAUUCUCAGAUUUGUUGAUUCUCAAGGCUUGAUUCGAGAACGAUUUUUUAAGAUUCUAAGUGUUCCUAACACUACAUCACAGACUCUUAAAAAUGAGAUCUCGAAAGUUCUCACUAUGUACAAUCUUCAAGUGAGAAACAUGAGAGGCCAAGGGUAUGAUGGAGCUAGUAAUAUGAGAGGCAUUUAUAAUGGGUUGCAGGCAUUAUUUCUUGAAGAGUGUCCUUAUGCAUACUUUGUGCAUUGUUAUGCUCACCGUUUGCAAUUGACAUUGAAUGCUACCGCUCAAGGAGUUCAUGAGAUCUGGCAAUUCUUUCAAACCUUGAGUCUUAUUGUGAAUUUUGUUGAUUCUUCUGCUAAGCGGCAUUCUUUAUUGAGAGAAGUGAGAAAAGAAGAAAUUACAAAUCUUGUAGCUUGUGGGGAACUUCAGACAGGCAGUGGUCUAAACCAAAUUUGUACUUUACAGCGAGCUUGUGUUACACAGUGGAGCUCACAUUUCCGUUCUAUUAAGAGUUUGGUUGAAUUGUUUAGUUCAACAAAGAAAACUCUUAAUGAUAUGAUUGAUCAAAGGGUGGAAGGACAAGCUGAAGCUAUUCUUAAAGCUUUGAGAUCUUUUGAGUUUGUGUUCUGCUUGCUUCUAAUGAACAAAGUCAUGAAAGUUACUGAUUUUCUUUGUCAGACGUUGCAGCGGAAAGCUCUCGACUUUGUGCAAGCAAUGAACUUUGUUAGACUUACAAAGACACUUCUUCAAGAGAUGAGAGAAGAAGGUUGGGAUGAUUUGGUAAAGGAUGUUGAAUCUUUUUGUGAAAAAUAUGACCUUGAUAUGAGUGCACGUUACAAAUCCGGAACAGGUCGUGAUUGCCAACAACAGAAUUUCAUAUCAAUUGAGCAUCACUACCGUAUAGAUUUGUUCAAUGGUUUGAUUGAUUAUCAGUUGAGUGAGUUGAACAAAAGAUACUCAGAACAAGCAUUAGAACUCCUUAUACUUGGUUCAACCUUGGAUCCUCGUGAUGAUUUCAAAAGCUUCAAAACUAAAGAUGUUUGCAAUCUUGCAAAGAAGUUUUACCCUGCUGAUUUUGAUGAUGGUGAAAUGUGCACUUUGGAAUUGGAGUGUGCAUAUUAUGAGAAGGAUAUGCGUAGUGAUCCAAAAUUCAAGAAAUUAGAAUCCAUUGCAGAAUUGUGCCACACCUUGGUGCAAACAAGGAAGUCUGAAUUUUUCCCUAUGCUUCAUAGAUUGAUUAGUCUUGUUUUGACUAUUCCUGUGUCUACAACAACCACUGAAAGGGCAUUCUCAGCUAUGAAUAUUGUUAAGAAUAGACUAAGAAACAAGAUGGAAGAUGAGUAUCUUGGUGAUUGUUUGGUACUUCAUAUUGAGAAAGAGUAUGCUGAGGCUAUUAACAAUGAGGAGAUCAUACAUGAGUUUAAAGCUUUAUGGAACCGUAGAGUUAAAUUUAGCUAG